AGCUGGUGGAAAUUUCUUGACAUUCAUUUUAACAUUCUCUUCUUUGGAAUGAUGGAUUUCCUUUUGGAAACGAAAGUGUUUACGGAAGAAAUGUUGUUUUUAAGAGAAAUCAAUAGAAAUAACCCAUUUUGAGGAAGCCAUGGCAAAAUCAAAUUCAAAACACAGAGUUUGUUCUCAGGAGUCUUCAGUGUCUUCUCUGUUAGCAAGCUGCAGCCUAAGUGAUAGUAAUUCCUCUAACUUUGAUGGCUCUUAUCAAUAUAAGGAUAAACUGUACAGUUCUGCAUCUCAGGCUCUACAGGCCUACAUUGAUGAUUUUGAUCUAAGUCAAAUGUAUCCUGAUGCAAGCAUGGGAAAUAUUAACAUUGAUAACUGCUCUGCUGAUAUACCAGAAUUCUCCAACUCUAUUUAUAAACCAAACAAUGGUGACAAAAUUGAAUUGCUUAUCCUGAAGGCCAAAAGAAAUGUAGAGCAAUGUACUGAAGAACUGCCGAAGUCUAUGAAAAAGGAUGAUAGUCCUUGUUCAUUAGAUAAACUUGAAGCAGAAAGAUCAUGGGAAAAUAUUCCUGUUACUUUCAAAUCUCCUGUUCCUGUUAACUUUGAUGAUAGUCCUCAGCAAAUUUCAAAGGCAAAGUGUGCUUAAAGGGCUCCUUGAAGACCUUUUGCAUAAUGAUAGUCAGAGCUGCACCCUUUCUGGAGGGAAACAUCAUGGUCCUGUUGAGGCACUGAAACAAAUGUUAUUUAACC